AAUUAAAAUGGCGGAAAGUUUAUUUUGAAGUUGGAGACAGUGCCAGCUAUCGCCCAUCAGGCAAUGCCGAGACUUGUUUUAUUAAUUUGGCAGGCAAAUUUUGGAAGAAGAUGGAUCCUGAAGAUGAAAGAGAACUAGAGAAAUUAAAAAGAGAGAAAAGGAAAGCAGAGAAGAAAGACAAUUUGAGAGAAGUUUCACAGAUACAUAAUUGUAUUGGGGAACUACUGUCAAAAUAUGAAAGGUUUGAGGAAGCUAUCAAGGAGCAUGAAGCUGAGAGGGCAAUCAGUGAAGCUCUGCAAGAUAUCAUUGGCGAGGCCGUUGCAUGUCGCAAGAUUGGAGAGUGUUAUUGUGCUCUUGAAAAGUAUCCAAAGGCACUCAAACUUCAAGAGCGUCAUCUCUCCCUGGCCAAGUCAUGUGACAGUGCGAUAGAGGAGCAACGAGCAUGGGCCACCAUUGGCCGGACUUACCUCUUUCAGUCCGAGACAUCUAAGGGGGGCCGUGCAGUUGAUGCAUCCAAAAAUGCUGAAAGUGCAUUUCAGAAGUCACUGGAAGUUUGUGAGAGGUUGAAGAAUUCUGUAAAGAAUGAAGAAUUGAUGGAAAUGAAGGCCAGACUCUACCUCAACCUUGGCCUGGUUUAUGAUGGUCGGGAUGAUGUUAGACAGAGUGCUGAGUAUAUGAAGAAAGCCAUCACAAUUGCUCAGAAGUACCGUCUCCAGAGAGAUGUGUAUCGCUGUCAGUUCUCCCUGGCUGGGAUGUACCAGCGGAGUGAGAACUGGAGCCAGGCACUGAGGUCCCUGGAGGAGGCACAGCAAUGUGCCAUCAAGUUAAAAGACAAACUGCUAGAAAGUGAAGUACUCGUCAAUAAGGCACAGGUAUUGAUAAGAAUUGGAGAUUUUUCCAUGGCCAAGCACUGCCUGAAGAAAGCUUACAAGCUGGGAUCUGCAACAGCAACAGAAGAGAGAAGGAUUCUACAACUGUUUAAAUCUGCCAGCAAGAUGGAGGAGUGUACUGAUGAACUGAAGAAAGAGGAUGCCAGUCUACAGCAACAUUUCAAGCUGUAUGAGAUGUUGGGUGAUGCUGCUGCUGAUGCUGCCAACUUCAAACAGGCCAUUGAUUUCUACCUGCAAAUGUGGGCUUGUGGAGAACAGUUACAGAUUAGUAAGAAGGAGAAGAUUCCAAUCUAUGUGUCACUGGCACAAACCUUUGCUGAUAACAAACAGUUUGCUAAAGCCGUAGAGUAUUACAAGAAGGAGCUGGCUUGUCGAACUGAUGACCCAGAGCAGGUUUGUCGUACUUGGCUGAAUAUUGCAGAGGCGGAAGAGCUCGGAGGGUCCAGCUAUGAAAAAAUCAGCCAGUGUUACCUCUCGGCUUUUGAGUUUGCAAGGAAAGCUAAAAAUAGGAAAUUACAGAUUCAGGUGUUGAAGUCCCUGGUUGAAGUACAGAAGGUCUUCAGGCAGAAGACUCAUCAACAGCAGACUGAAGACAAGCUCCGCAAGCUGAGGGACAAAUAUGGCAUCUCGUCUGGGGAUGAGCUGUCUGACUCGGAGCUGGACACCCAGCAGUCAGAGGAGGAUGGAAACCUCAGCAUCGCGGAGUUGACAGAGUCAGAUUGUUCUGAUGAGGAGUUGUCUGCCCCAAGCACAACAGGUUCUGUCAGGAGGAGGGUACAGACAAAACCAAAAGUGAAUGAGAAGGGAGAGACACAACUGCAUCGAGCAUGUAUAGAGGGGAAUGUGAAGAAAGUUAAAACACUGCUGGAGAAGGGCCAUCCAGUGAACCCCCGUGAUUAUUGUGGGUGGAUUCCCCUGCAUGAGGCUGCCAAUCAUGAUCAUUAUGAAGUGGUCAAGUGCCUCCUGGAGCAUGGCGCUACGGUCAACGACAGAGGAGGCAAGCACUGCGGUGGCAUCACACCGCUCAUCGAUGCUGCCAACUGCGGCAACACGGAGAUCAUGAACAUCCUGCUUCAACAUGGGGCCAAUAUCCACAACAAGGAUGAUGAUGGCCAAACAGCACUAGACUGCCUGCGAGCUUGGUAUCAGCGUUGUGAGGACACAUUGAGCCGAGAGGUGAUGCUGUCAUACGCCCAUGUUGAGGCCAUGCUGUCGGGUGGGAUGAAAGGUGGACAGAUACCAAGGUCUAACAUUAGACCUUUAGACAGGUCUCGACCUCCAGCUGUCCUUGACCUGUAUGAUGAUGACAGCAGCAGCAGAGAAAGUCAGACAUUACAAGAGGUCAAGGUCACAGUCAAGAGGAAAAGGACCUCCACUGGUGGCAGUAAGUCAUCCCGUGCUGUAAUAACUUCAGACAGUGAAGGCGGCAGCAGUGAUGAGGAAGUUGUUCUCCUGUCUCAGACAGCCAGCCAGGAAUUUUACCCUAAUCCUCUUCUGGAGGACUUGGGUCCACACGGAAGUGCUACAAACAACUACCGCCAUGCCAUGUCUGGUAUCGGUAGUGCAUCUCAAAGAGCUGCUGUUGUGGGACCAGCGUAUCAUAACUCGGUCACUCCCAAGAGUCCCACGUGCUCAAGUGCUUUGCUAGAUGCAGAUGACUUUGUUGGAGAUGACUGGCUUAUUGAUGACAUUCAGCCUCAGAAAAGGAAGAAGUUGGAUACUGGAGGAGUGUUUUCAACCUCAGGGUCACGGAAGUCUGGCUCAGCCGAUUCCAAACGACAGAAAUGUGAUACGUCCAAAAGGAAAAGUUUUGUGAUUGAUGAUGAUGAUAGUGGAGCCAGUGAUAACAAGAUGGAGGCAGCUCCAUCAAACCCUGAUGUGUUGAGUGUGGAUGAUUUUACAGAUGAUUUUGUUGUGUCAGGUGUUAAUAGUGACAAUAUUGUACAGAGUCGCAGCUCAGCCAAUCAAUCAAAACUCUCAACUAAAUCUAAGCCAAGGCAGAUGAAGUUGACAAACUUUACCUCUCAGGGAAAACAGAAGUGCACAAAACAGUGCUUCUGUAUACCAGAUAGAAAACAAGACUUUGGACCUUCUCAAAAUGGGUUCUCAACAAUGACUAAUACAGGUACUGGUCCUCCUUCAUCUAGUCAUCAGAGUGUGGCCUUGACCUCCACAGGGGUCAUGAGACUCAAGGUCACUAUUGAUGGUCAGAUGUUGUUGGUUCCAGUCCCAGAUACCAAUCAGAGCAUCUCAUGGCUGGCCCAGGAUGUUGCUCGACGGUAUGAGAAAAUUCACCAGAAGAAACCUUUGGUUACAUUGAGGACUCGUGAUGGUGCCAUCCUGUCGCCGGAUGAUGUUGUGUGUAUGGUUGUCAGUAACAACGAAGUGGUGGAUGCAAUGGUGGACAGCUGGGACAUGCAGCCUCUACACCAGAGAUACAGACAGGCCUGCAGACUGACCAGGGCAGUGGAGUAUCGGAACAUCGUCAGCCUACUGCAGUCAUGUGACAGCACAGGCUGUCUAUCUCUGCGGAGUCUGGCAUUGAGGUCCACCCAGAUACACCCUGUGUGUCGAGCCCUGGAGGGACAGAACAACAUGAAGCACCUCGACUUUCAGAGCAAUCGUCUUGGUGACAAUGGAAUGUCCACGCUGUCAAAGUCAGUAUGUUCCCUGCCUGGUCUAACAUAUCUGAAUCUGUGUGGGAAUGACAUCACCACAGUUGGAUUGAAGACCUUCACCGACACACUGCAGGCAGGCCACCAGUCAGGCAGUAGGCCUCUACAGUCACUUGUAACAUUGGCAUUCUCGCACAAUCCCAUUGGAGAUAACUCUACCAACUGUAUGGCAACCCUACUGAGUUGUCUCCCUUGUCUCACUGACCUCACAUUGUCUGCUUGUCAGCUGACAGCGAAGUUCUUCUCUCAGCACAGACUGGCGCUUGCAGAUGCCAUGCAAGCAUCCAGUCUGCAGAAGCUGGACAUAUCCGAAAAUCGACUUGGUUCUCUGGGCCUGGAGCAGCUGCUGAAGUGCCUCAAUCACCAGCGGAUGACAACCCUUGACCUGUCUGAGACACACGCUGGCACCAGCGUCAGUCAUCUCACUCUUCAUCUGCAGCAGUAUCUAACUCAGGCUGGAUGUAUUCUAGAGGAUCUUCAUUUCUCAGCCUGCCACCUCACAGCUGAUGAUGGUUACUUUGUUACCAGAGUGCCAUCACUCUACAAGGGUCUGAAGAGGCUGGACAUAUCCUGUAACACAAAGGUGGACAACAGUGUCAUACAGGAACUCCUUCAAGAGUCUGUGAAAAAUAACUGCUCCCUUGAGGAGAUACUUGCUAAAGGUUGUGCAAUAAGGUCUCCCUUAGAUUCCAAUUUUCUGGAUGCAGUCAAUGACAAGCUGAGCCACCCGCUGCAUCCACUGCGUGGACUGGUUUUCACAUGCUCCCAUCUUGAUAAGGUGGAUGAAGAAUGUCUCCAUCAGAUCUGGCUGGAUCGAUGGAAGGAACUAGCUAAUAUCGACAUCGCAGGGGAAUAUGUCAGACUUGGUGUCCUAGAUAGUUCCUAAUGGAACUCACAAUUAAAAGUUUGAUUAUGUAUGAAAGUGAUGAAAUGCUCCUUGACUGUCCUCGCUGUAGUAAUGGAUGAGAUAAGGUCUGUGACCUUUGGACAUAUGAGUAUAUGCUCAUGCCUUUCAAAAGUGAUCUUGAUGUCUGUAUUCACAUGUUGGAGUUACAGUUAUCCAAGCUAAAAUGUAAUGCUUGUACUGUAUGGGACUUUGAGCCCAUAUAUUUGGAGUGUAUGACAGCUAUUGAAAGUAGUACACAAACCUCAGGUAAUUGUAUGUAUUUUGUGAUUGAUUCUGUGACAGCAAGAAAUGGCCAUCAUUUCAAUCAGCUCAAAGAUUUGGUGUUUACUGUAAAGGCAAAAAACAGUAUGUAAAUAAAAACAUAUACAUAUUA